UCAUGUCAUUAAAGGAUUUUAAAAUAUUAUCAAAAUUAGGUAUUGGAUAUAGAUAUAAAAGGUGACGGAUCUUACUCUAAUGUUUACAAAGUAAGAAGAAUAGAAGAUCAUCUUGAAUAUGCUCUUAAAAAAGUAAAUUUAAGUAAUUUAUCUGACAAAGAAAAGCAAAAUGCUUUGAAUGAGGUAAGGAUUCUAGCUUCAAUUCAUCAUUCAAAUAUUAUUAGUUAUAAAGAAGCCUUUUUUGAUCCAGUCAGUAAUUCAUUAUGGUAAAAAUUAAAUAUAUAAUAUAUAGUAUUAUUAUGGAACUUGCUACUGAUGGAGAUUUAUAGUAGAAGAUAUAAAAAUGUAUAAAAACAAAUAGUUUUUUCUAAGAAAGUGAAAUCUUAAGUUAUGCUUUCCAAAUAUUAAAUGCCUUAAAAAUACUACAUGAAAUGAAGGUGAUGCAUAGAGAUAUUAAAAGUGCUAACAUUUUUUUAAUAAAUAAUGAAGUAAAAUUAGGAGAUCUAAAUGUGUCUAAAGUAGCAAAAUAAGGAUUACUUUAUACUUAAACUGGUACACCUUAUUAUGCAAGUCCAGAAGUAUGGAAAGAUUAACCUUAUGAUUUUAAAUCAGAUAUUUGGUCUUUGGGUUGUGUAUUAUAUGAAAUGGCAUCAUUAAAAUUACCUUUUUUAGCAGAUGAUAUGGAUGGACUCUAUAAGAAAGUAAUUAAAGGUAAUUUAUUUUAUAUAAUUUAGGUUAUUAUCAAAAACUUCCAAAAUCUUAUACAUAUGAAUUAUAAAAUUUAAUAAGAAUGAUGUUAUAAGUAUCUACAACUUUGAGACCAACUGCAUCAUAAUUACUUGAAUUAAUUUGUUUCCAAAAAUUCUAAAAUGAUACUUGUCAAAAUACUGGAUAGUUAAUAAAAACUAUUUAAUUUCCAAAAAACAAAAGUUAUUAAAACUUAUUCCCAAAGUCUACAUAUAAAUAUAAAACUGAUUUAUAAAACAAAAAUGAAUAAGAUACUUCUUUAAGGAAAAGAUUAGCAACAUUAGGAGGAAAUGACUCCAUGCAUUCUAAUCCAACUAGACUUUCUUAAUAUGAAAAAAAUAGUAUGAAAUAUAUGUAUAUUUAUAUAGAUUAAGCCUAAAAGAUUCAUAAAAAUUAUAAUUUAAAUAGACUUGACCUUGAGAGUCUCAAAUAAAAUCAUAAUUCACUAAAUAAAAUACUAUCAGAAGGAUCUUUACCUCGUAAACUUAGCAAACUACCUGUUAAUAAUAUCUUACAAGAAAAAAUAAGAAAAUAAAUUAUCAUGCCUAUUUUAUUUUAGAACGCGUCACCAUUUUCUCGUUAAAAAAAUUCUAGAUAAAUUAAUGAAACAACAAUACUUCCUUGCAUUUUAUGA